AUGCUGCCCAGGGUCCCACAGUUUUACUGCCCAGGGCCCCACAGUUCUACUGCCCAGAGGCCCCACAGUCCUACUGCUCAGGAGCCCUACAGUUCUACUGCCCAGGGGCCCCACAGUCCUACUGCCCAGGGCCCACAGUCCACUGGAGCCCCCACUCAGCCCACAGGGUCUACUGCCCAGAGUCCUACUGCUCAGAGUCCCACAGUCCUACUGCCCAGAGGCCCCACAGUCCCUGCUCAGGGGUCCCACAGUCAUACUGCCCAGGGUCCCACAGUUCUACUGCCCAGGGGCCCCACAGUGGCCCCAGUCCUACUGCUCAGGAGUCCCACAGGUCUACUGCCCAGAGGCCCUGAGUCCUACUGCUCAGGAGUCCCACAGUCCUACUGCCCAGAGGCCCCACAGUCCUACUGCUCAGGAGUCCCACAGUCAUACUGCCCAGGGGCCCCACAGUCCUACUGCCCAGGGGCCCCACAGUUCUACUGCCCAGAGGCCCCACAGUCCUACUGCUCAGGAGUCCCACAGUCCUACUGCCCAGGGGUCCCACAGUUCUACUGCCCAGGGGCCCCACAGUUCUACUGCCCAGAGGCCCCACAGUCCUACUGCUCAGGAGUCCCACAGUCCUACUGCCCAGAGGCCCCACAGUCCUACUGCUCAGGAGUCCCACAGUCAUACUGCCCAGGGGCCCCACAGUCCUACUGCCCAGGGGCCCCACAGUUCUACUGCCCAGAGGCCCCACAGGUCUACUGUCCAGAGGCCCCAGUGUUGUAA